GGAUGGUCGAGCGUCGUGUUCAAUAGCCGGAAAUUGCCAAUUCAAGCCGUUGAUUCGAGCUAGUUGUUAGCAGUUGCACCCGCAAACCCGCUUCCCCAACAGUGGGAGUGGACCCCCAUAUCCAAUGACCUCCAGCUCUUCUCCGGUAUAAUUAAGGCCGAGACCGCAGGAUCCUCGAAUACCUUCAAUUUCACUCUCUUUCAAUUCUUCUCAACUGUUCCAUUGUUAUUCAGAAUGGCAAAGACAUUUGACGCUGCUGAAGUCGCGAAGCACAAUACCCCAGAAUCUUGCUGGGUGAGUCUUUACGGCGAUGUCUGGGACGUCACGGAAUUCCUUCCCAACCACCCUGGCGGCUCAAACAUAAUCCUCAAGCUAGCUGGCCGCGAUGCGACAGAAGAAUACGACCCAAUACACCCUCCAGGGACCCUUGAGGAGAACCUCAAGCCCGAGAAAAAGCUCGGAAAGAUCGAUCCUCUCUCAUUACCUAAACCUUCAGCAGAUGUCGCAGAACAGGAACAGGAGAAGGAGGGCCCGCCAAAUAUGCAGAGUAUAUUGAAUUUGGAUGAGAUGGAAGAGGUGGCCACAAAGCAGAUUUCGAAGAAGUGCUGGGCGUACUACUAUUCUGCGUCCGAUGAUCUCAUUUCAAAGAGCUUCAAUAAUCUGGUCUACAAGCAGAUUCUACUACGGCCAAGAGUUUUCGUCGAUUGUACGAGAUGCGAUACCUCGAUAACACUCCUAGGGCACAAUAUUGGGAUUCCAUUAUUCGUUUCGCCUGCGGCAAUGGCUAGAUUAGCACAUCCCGAUGGGGAGCGCGGAAUUGCUCAGGGAAUCAGCCAGUUCGGAGCUAUGCAGAUUGUAUCGAAUAAUGCGUCAAUGACGCCCGAACAAAUCGUAGAAGGAUCUCUGCCUGGCCAGAUCUUUGGCUGGCAAUUAUAUGUCCAGAACGACCGGAAGAAGAGCGAGGACAUGCUUGUCCGGAUCAACAAGAUGUCAGACAAAUACAAGUUCAUUUGCUUGACACUGGACGCUCCAGUGCCAGGAAAGAGAGAGCAUGACGAGAGAGGGAACCUAGUAGGGGCAUCACUCCCAGUAUCAUCUGGCGUCAAGACCGCCGACGAGCCAAAGAGACCUGGCGGGGGCGGUGUCGGACAACAGCUGUUCUGGGGAACGGCAGCAGAUCUCACCUGGAAGACGACGUUAGCCUGGCUGGCCAAGCACACAGAUCUGCCGAUCGUUUUGAAGGGUCUUCAGACCCACGAGGAUGCGUAUUUGGCCGCGCAAUAUACGCCACAAGUCAAGGCUAUUAUCCUCUCUAAUCAUGGUGGUCGUGCUCUUGAUACGGCGCCUCCUGCUGUUCACACCCUCUUGGAAAUCAGGAAGUACUGCCCUGAGGUGCUCAGUAGAAUUGAAGUGUGGGUUGAUGGUGGUAUUAAGAGAGGUACAGAUGUCGUAAAGGCUCUGUGCUUGGGUGCGAAGGCAGUGGGGGUCGGACGCGCUGCCUUGUUUGGUCUGGGUGCCGGUGGCACAGAGGGGGUAGAGAGGACCUUUGAGAUCCUUAAAGCAGAGACAGAAACAUGUAUGAGACUUCUCGGUGUUAAGAGGGUCAGUGAUUUGGGACCGAAGAACAUCAAUUCACGAGCUGUUGAAAGAGACAUUUAUGAUGGUAACGCUGGACUAGAGAAGCUUGGCCUCUGGGUCAAGGCUAAUUUGUAGACCUUUAAUUACCCAUAGACGUGUUGAUAAUAAUUACUGUUCUGACACUGUACCUCUUUGACUAAUUUUUCGAAUCAUAUUUAGCGCAAGCUCUCUUUCUAUAACAUCUGGCUCCCUUUAAAUAUGUUAGCUCAUGCUUUGCGCUAGCCACUUUUAGAGGCGGGGGAACUUCUUUGCUUUAAUUUGUGGGUUUUAUAAUUUUAGUCGGUGGCGUAGGGUCCUCAUUGCCUGUCAUAUAGUAGAAGAAGGCAGAAUGUUUGCAGAAUGUUUGCAGAAUGUUUAUAUUGGUCCGCAGACCUAUACUAUAGGAAUAUAGGGGGCAUCAGGGGGUACAAGUAAUCCCGGUUAGGGGAUAGACCCCUUUCGGAUACUAACUAGGGGUUAUUCGGGAGGUAGUAUAUAUUCUGACCCUUAGAUACUCUUUAUAAUAAACACUUUUAAAC